AUGGAGCAAUUACACAAAAGAAGUAAACUCGCCAGAGCUAGUUUUAAAGCUACUGAUUCGCGGCUUUCUUUCGUUGAGGAAUUGAUGAGUGAAAGGCGAUGUAACGCUGACGGGAAAAACGAUUCUGAAGCUAUGAACACUACGGAGAAACUAGAAGAGGUAUACUCAACACAUCGACCUCCAAUGUUUAGUGGCAAAUACUAUUCCUACUGGAGAAACAGGAUGGAGAUUUUCAUUAAGGCUGAAAACUAUCAAGUAUGGAGAGUGAUUGAAGUUGGAGACUUCCAAGUCACUAAGCUGAACUCCUCUGGAGAAACUGUUCCCAAACCUGUUGAUGAAUUUGACAAAGCCGACUAUGAAAAGCUUGAACUCAAUGCCAUGGCCGUCAAAAUCCUUCAUUGUGGACUAGGUCCAAAUGAACACAACAGAGUAAUGGGCUGCAAGAACGCGAAUCAGAUUUGGGAUCUGCUCCAGGUUACUCAUGAAGGAACAAACGAAGUCAAGAGAUCGAAGAUUGAUCUCUUAAUGCACCAAUACGAGCUGUUCACCAUGAAGACAUCUGAAACGAUUCAAGACAUGAUUACCCGCUUCACAAACAUUAUCAAUGAACUAAAUUCUCUUGGCAAAAUCAUAACUCCUGAGGAACAAGUCAGGAAGGUCCUAAGAAGUCUACCACAAGAUCCCUGGAUGGCUAAAGUCACAGCCCUCCAGGAAACUAAAGACUUCACAAAGUUUAACCUGGAACAACUGGCUGGAUCUCUCCUAACUCAUGAACUGCAAUUAAAUGCGCGACCUUCAGAGAAUACCAAAAAUAGAGCUCUUGCUCUAAAAACCGAAAAUGAUGAAAACUCUGAAGAAGAUGAAGAGACAGCUCUGUUUGCUAGGAGGUUCAGAAGAAUGUUUAGGAACUACAAAGAUGUGGAACACAGAAGCAAACCAAAUCGAAAGUUCCCUAAAACUGACACUGGAUGCCAUAAGUGUGGAAACUUGGAACAUCGCAUUAGGGAAUGUCCUCUAUGGGAUCAAGAACGAGGAAAGGGAAAGGAAACAACAAAAGAUAGAUUCAAAGACAACAGAAACUCCUUUUCCAAAACUGAGGUAAGAAAAGCCAUGAUUGCUGCAUGGGGAGAUACUUCUUCUGAUGAGGAACAAGAACAACCCAACGAAGAAAUUGCACACCUGUGUCUUGUAGCUGAACAUGAAGAUGAAGAAUCCGACUCAGAAUCUGAUAAAUUCCAGGCAAGUCUUGUUCAUAUUAAAAGUAGGCUUGAAUCCAUGUCUAAAGUAGAACUGUUUGACUUACUUUCUUGUCUCACUAGUGAUUAUGAGGAUCUCCUAAAGGAAAAACUAGACUCUGACAGAAAACACCAAGACAUUGUCAAUAAACUCACAGAGGAGUUGGAAUGGACCAGAAGCUCAAACUUAGAUAUUGACAAUCGGUUCUUUAAACUCUUUGAUCAAAACCUCCAUAUAAAAGAAAUGUGUGAAGCCUUACGCAAUGAAAACUCCUGGCUAAAACAAGAUCUGAUUGACCUAAAAAUAGCCAAAACCAAGAACCUCUAUAAAGAAGAACUAGAAAAAGCUCAGUUAGAACUAGUGAAAAUUCACCAAGAAAAGACCUAUCUAGAAAGUGAAUUGGCUAAAAGGACCAGACACAAAAUAGAAGGAACACCAAAAUGGAUAGAAGAAGCUAGAACCAAACGCACAGAAGGUUUAGGUUUUAACCACAAAAAGCAUCAUCCUAGAAAAACCAGAGUAGACUUAUACAGUAACAUAGUAUGCACCUUCUGUGGUCAAAUCGGUCACUAUAGAGUUUCUUGCCCUAAAAACCAAAGGUCGAAGUGA